CGGUGAUUCUUCAUAUCGCGCGGACCUCACCAGCCAUCUACACUAUGAUUGCUGCCAGGACUUUUGUGACCCCCGCCCGCCAAUGCCUGCGGACGGCGCGUGUCGCCCAGAGCGCUGUUUCUCCGUUUUCGCAGAUUCGCGGAUACGCUACCACCGAUGACCGUGUGGCCAAGUUCAAGGGACAGAAGGGAUCUGAUGGAAAAUACACCGUCACGCUCAUCGAGGGCGACGGUAUCGGUCCUGAGAUUUCGCAGUCGGUGAAGGAUAUCUUCGAGGCUGCCAAGGCCCCGAUCAAGUGGGAGUCCGUUGAUGUCACGCCAAUUCUGAAGGACGGCAAGACCGCCAUCCCGGACGAGGCGAUUGAGAGUGUGAAGCGCAACUACGUCGCCCUGAAGGGUCCUCUUGCUACCCCCGUUGGCAAGGGCCACGUUUCGCUGAACCUGACUCUGCGUCGCACAUUCAACCUGUUCGCUAACCUGCGUCCCUGCCGCUCGAUUGCGGGCUACAAGACCCCCUACGAUGGUGUCGACACGGUCCUGAUCCGUGAGAACACCGAGGGCGAAUACUCGGGCAUCGAGCACGUCGUGGUGGACGGUGUUGUGCAGAGCAUCAAGCUGAUCACGCGCGAGGCGUCGGAGCGUGUGCUGCGUUUCGCCUUCCAGUACGCUCGUUCCAUCAACAAGAAGAAGGUCCGUGUUGUCCACAAGGCGACCAUCAUGAAGAUGUCCGACGGUCUCUUCCUGAACACCGCUCGUGAGAUCGCCAAGGAGUUCCCCGAUAUCGAGUUUGACGCCGAGCUGCUGGACAACUCCUGCCUCAAGAUCGUCACCGACCCCACCCCCUACAACGACAAGGUCCUGGUCAUGCCCAACCUGUACGGUGACAUUCUUUCCGACAUGUGCGCCGGUCUGAUCGGCGGUCUCGGCCUGACCCCCUCCGGAAACAUCGGUGACGAGUGCUCCAUCUUCGAGGCCGUCCACGGUUCCGCCCCCGACAUUGCUGGUAAGGGUCUUGCCAACCCCACUGCUCUGCUGCUCAGCAGUAUCAUGAUGCUGCAGCACAUGGGCCUGAACCAACACGCCGGCAACAUCCAGAAGGCCAUUUUCGACACCCUCUCCGAGGGCAAGACCCUCACCGGUGACUUGGGCGGCAAGGCCAAGACCCACGAGUAUGCCGAAGCCAUCAUGAAGCGCCUGUAAAUGGAUAUACACUGUACCAUGUUCCUUACCGUCUACCCAUUUACUACUAUCCCCUGAAAUGACCAUCUUCUCGAUCUGUUAUAC